AUGGGAAACAGUUCAAGCUCCAACACCAAUCUGAAUCUCCUCUGCCAUGGCUUUUCAUUUUCCUCUUCUUCCUCCCUUUGCUUCUCAUCUCCACCACCGGAGGGGGCGGACGCAAAACCUGCCGUCCCUCUUCAUCUACCUAUAGCCAUCUGUCCCUUGUCGACCANGCUAAGGAAAACAAAAGGAUUAUCUAUUGAUAGCCAUCCUGUUGUAAGGAGCCUUGUAGAGAUACGAAUGUUUCUUGAAAAGAUUCGUCCCAUAGACAAAAAACUUCAGUACCAGAUUCAGAAGCUCACUACUACCGGUGGGUCUGUGACAGAGCUAGCCGAGGGAAAGGGAUCUGGUGCUGCCCAAGCAUCUGAAGAUCUUUCUAAUUAUAAGCCUAAACCAGACUUACUUGCUGACAAAACUGAGGAUGAUCAAGAGGAUGGUGUUUAUCGACCACCGAAAUUCGCUCCGAUGUCUAUGGAUGAUAAGACAUCAAAACAGGAAAGAAACGCUGCCAGAAAAGAGAAACACUUUUUAAGAGCUACUGAAGAUACAUACUGGAAAGAUGUGUUGGAUGAUCUCGAGGACAAGCCUGAAGAGAUCAGAGACUUUUAUGGGGCUGAGAGCAGGGAGCAGAAGAAGUUCAUAACACAAUAUGAAAGGCAACAACAAGCAGAAGAAGAGCUCUUCACUCGGGCACCUCGCACUAAAGAGGAUAAGAAGAGAGAAAAGCGCUUGAAAUCAAGCAGCGGGUUGCUUGGACUAACCGAGAAUUUCAUGGAUGAAUUCAAGUUCUUGGACAAAGAUGGUGAACAGCCCCGUAAAAGGGGAGGAAGUUUCAAGAAAAGAAAGACAAGGCACUGACUGGUUACUUUUGCUGCAUCACUGCACCAAUUUUGUUUCCAAGUUAUGAUGAUUGAAAGUAAUGAAUGUAAGAACACAUAAUUUUGCAGUUUUACUGUUUUAGUAUUUGGUUCAUGGUCAUGCUCUUGCAGUAAAAUUCGGAAGAGACCUUUUCUCUUUA